AUGGCGACAGAAGAGUCGCCUCUGCAAUUGGUGACGAGGCAGACCAAAUUCCCCCUCGAGACCACCGGCGACACCAGAGCACCUCAUAUCCUCGCCAUCGUCGGCUUCCUCACCGGUCUGUCGGCCCUCCUCAUCGUGCUCCGUGGCUACGUGCGCCUGUACAUCCUCCGCAGAUUCGACAUUGAAGAUGGAGUCAUUAUCGCAGCCCUAUUAUGCGCCUUUGGAGUCCUCGCGUGUUUCGUCGGUGAAUCGUUCCACGGCCUAGGCCACUACAGCGAUGACAUCGCCAUGGCGGAUUUUGGGGUCCUGAACGAGUGGAUGUUCUACCACGCUAUUGUGAUCGUGCUGGGCAUCAGCCUCGUCAAGGUCUCGCUAGGGUUCUUCCUGCUGCGAUUUGCGGCGAGGAAACGCGCUCUACGGUGGUUUAUUAUUGGGUGUUUGAUCUUCCUCGUCCUCUUCACCAUUGCCUGCAUCUUAACCCUCGUCCUCCAAUGCUUCCCCAUACAAGCAGCGUGGAACUUCGCCCUGCGCAGAACAGCCAAGUGCUACUCGACAAAGACGUAUCUGGCCAUUGCGGAGUUUAACAGUGCCAUCAACAUUGCGACGGAUGUCGUCUUCGCCACGCUGCCGGUGUUUAUGUUCUACAAUAUACAGGUCAACCGGUGGACCAAGAUCUCCCUCAUGGGUAUUCUGAGUUUGGGAUAUUUUGCCUGCGCCGCCGCUAUCGUCAAAGCUGUUCUUCAGAGUCGAAUCUUUAAAGAGCCUGAUUCUUUCCGCGAAUGCAACUACCUCAUCUGGAACUGCGCCGAACUCAACAUCGGCAUAGUAGCAGCCUCCUUCCCAACCAUCAAACCACUCAUGAAACGCGUCCUCGGCUCUACCCUCAACCUCACCGGCGGCGCCAGCGGCAGCCGCUACGGAAAACGCUCCGCCACAAUCAGCAGCAGCCAGCCCCUGCACUCGCUGAAACGCAGCCGCGCCGACCACGACUACCACGAGCACCUCGUCGACGAUAUGCAGAUGCAAAAUAACAUCAUUAAUAACAAUGACAACAAUAACUACUCUGUGCGCGUGGCGAGCGACCAGGAUAAGGGGGCGAGUGGGAGUGCUUACUCGCUAGACGGCAGUGAGGAGGGUUUGGAUCCGAGGCCGCGGCCGCGGCCGGAUCCUCACUCUUAUCAUUACCGCCACCAGUUCCCGGCGAGGAGUGAGAUUUUGCGCACGACGGAGGUGAUUGUGCAGAGAGAGGAUAGUCCGGAUUGGGAUCGGGAUGGGAAUGUGGGGAGGAUUUGA